GGAAGGUCAAUCGUGCCUGAGGGAGGGCGCGCACCCAAUUUUCGCCCGGUGUUACCGGCGCGUGCGCGUGGCUUCCCAGGCGGCCCGGACUCCGACGCUAGUCGCGGAGGCCGGUGUUUUGGCUCGGCCCGGGCGCAGUCAUGCUGUUCCGGCUGGGCGGUAGGUGGCUGCGGCCGCUCUCCGUACUGCAGCUGGGGACCCGGGACCCGCCGCUGGUGCCAGCCUCAGCGGGCGGCAUUAGACACUCUGCUCCGCCGGUGUGGGCGGUGGCGUCCGUCUCUGCAGUUGACUCUGGCGGCCCUGGCAGCUGGUACGAGGCCCUAGCCACGUCGGCGCCGGUGCAGGGCACGGAGGAGGUGCUGCUCGGCGUGCACUCCGCCACAGGUCUGCCCUGGUGGGCCUGCAUCGGUCUCACCACGGUGGCCCUCCGUGGCGCUGUCACGCUACCCCUGGCCGCCUACCAACACUACAUCCUGGCCAAGGUGGAAAAUUUACAGCCAGAAAUAAAAAGCAUUGCAAGGCAUCUUAACCAAGAAGUUGCGGUUCGUGCAAAUCAGUUGAGGUGGUCCAAAAGAGUUGCCAGGCUCACUUACCUAAAGAAUAUGCGAAGGCUUGUUUCCGAGCUGUAUGUUCGGGAUAACUGCCACCCGUUCAAAGCCACUGUAUUGGUCUGGAUUCAGUUUCCAAUGUGGAUCUUCAUGUCUGUUGCUCUCCGGAAUUUUAGCACAGGGGCCACACAUUCAGAAGCAGGUUUUUCUGUUCAGGAACAGUUAGCUACGGAUGGAAUCCUGUGGUUUCCUGAUCUCACUGCACUGGAUUCUACUUGGAUUCUGCCUAUUUCCGUUGGUAUCAUCAAUUUAUUAAUAGUGGAGAUUUUUGCUCUGCAAAAAAUAGGAAUGUCUCGUUUUCAGACAUACGUCACGCACUUCGUUCGUGCGGUAUCGUUGUUGAUGAUUCCAGUUGCCGCGACGGUGCCUUCGUCAAUCGUGCUGUACUGGCUCUGCUCCAGCCUCAUGGGCCUUUCACAGAAUUUGUUGCUGCGCUCUCCCAGGUUUCGUCGCCUUUGCUGGAUACCAUUGACCAAGUCGGAUUCAGACACCCCUUAUAAGGACCUCUUUGCUGCCUUUUACGCCAAGUUCAUUUCAAGAAAAUGACGUGCUUUCCAUUAAUUUUGAAACAAUUGCAAGUGUCACUAUCGCAAUAUAUUUACAUUUACAAAUUCAGAUGUGAUUUAAAAAAAAAAUUUAAUUUGUCUUUAUUUAAAACCGUGAAUUGUGUGAAGUACUGUGGGUUAAGAUAUAAUCCAAAUAUAUUUGACAAUACUGAAAAUCCUUUAAAUGCUAGAAAUGUAUGUUUGGUUGUAUCUUAAAAAUAUAAAAGUAAAAUCAAAGUACCUUAUAAAAUUAUAACUUGCUAGAGGGGCCAAAACUUUGGAAGACCGGAUUAGAUACUGAAUGAUGUCCGAUUACACUAACUAAUCUCAUACAUUAAAGCUUUUAUAAUGAAAAUACAGUGAGGUGAUUCUUAAAAUUUUGGAGGUGUGGAGGAUCACAGACCCAUUUGCUCAUCUGCUAAGGCUAUGGUUUUCUUUUCAGAAAAAUCCUGGGACUCAGCACAUGAGGCCUUCAUUGAUGAGCCUCUCUUCCCCCGCCCUGAGGCUUCCUGGUAAUUCUUGGUUGAGAAAUCUUACUCUUACUCUAAUGGGACACACAACGAUGAAGAGUUAAUGUGUGACUUCUAAAAAAAAAUGGACUUGAGAUUCAUGCAAUAGAGUAGUCCUUAUAAGAAAGUACCUAAUAUGGUAGGUGAUGUUGCCUUUCAACCCUGCUCUGAAAGAAUGUAAGAAGGGUACAUUCCUUUUUCUAUAUCUUAAGAAGAGUGUACUAGAGUAUAGCACUAAGUAUUGCCAGAGCCCAAAGUAGAAAAUCUUAAAUGUUAAGUUUGUUUAGUCAAAGGAAGAAAACCUGAAGGUCAGCCAUCUGUCAUGGAGGUGAUUUUAUAAACUUUAUUUGGAGGGUUUGAGAAUUCUAAUGGGCUUAGACUAUGGUAGAUGGAAAAAUUAAUAGGUAAUAUAAAUUGUGGAUCCAGUUUUUUGCUUGUUUGAUCUGAAAGGAUGAUAAAACUAACUGUGGUUGGGAUAUUUAUGAAUAAAUUUAACAGGCAUCUGAAAAGAUUAUAAAUUACAAGUUGUCAUUGAGUUGGAAUAUGAACCUCAUUUUGAGAGGCCCUGUAUCCCAUCUCAUGUUUAACAAUAAAGCAAAAACUAAAGCGGAAUUAAUCAUUUUUAAUGUCUUUUAAUGUUUUAAAGUCAUUUAAUAAUGUCUGUUAAAUCUUAGCUGUUUUGGUUGUCACCUCACUGAAAAUUUAGAGGUAGCACUUGGGACCUGGUUCUCGUUUCCUGACUUCCCAGUCCUAGUCGUGACUGCCCUAUUGAGGUAACUGUCUUUCUAAUCACAGUGCAGGCAUUGAAACCUACGCACUGUCAAUCCUCAUGAUUUGCAGACUUUGUAUUUGCUGGUUUGCCUGCACACUAAAAUUUAUGUGUACGCCCCAAAUCAAUACAGUGCUUUUGAUGUUAUUCUUGGACAAACAUAGAGCGGCAAAAAACUUGAGUCGUUCAAAGUACAUGUUCCCAGAUAGGUCAAACAGGGCAACACUGUGUCUUCUUGUUUCAGUUCUCAGACUGUAUAAUAACCAAGUGUCCUUUUCAUGGUCUAGUGCCAUGUUUUUUCUCAUUCUUUUGCUUUUUGUUGGUGAUUUCACUAUUUAAAAUGGCCUCCAACCGUUGUCAUCUGAAGUGCUGUCUAGUUUUCCUAGGCACAAGAAUCCUGUGAUGUUCCUUAAGGAGAGAGUAAUACCUACAUUAAAUAAACUUCAUUCAGGCAUGAAUUAUGAUGCUGUUGGCCAUGAGUUUACCAUUAAUGAAUCAACAAUAUUUUAUAUUGAUGGGUUGUUGAAGAUUUGACAAGAGGCUCAUAGGAUGUAACCCUGUAAAUUCUCUGGGAGCAGUGGUUUAGUGUUGAUGAAUUCAGUGUUUGUGGUAAUUUUAUAGAAUAUAACUACCUCAGAUAACAAGAAUUGACCUUUUGGAACAUGUACAAUCAAGGAAGCAGAGGCAGAAAUAUCUGUGCUCGUUGUAUUAUAGCAAAAAGAGAAAAGAUAAUUUGAGAAAAAUUUUGGCUAUCUCUGGAACAAGUUGAGUCUCGCCAUGUGUAUCAUUGGGUACUGAUUCAUAUAUUUCUCUCAUAGUGAGAUGGAGGAAAUCAGCUCUCUUCCCCCAUCUUACUCAGACUUUCUGAAAAUAAGUUUGUCACUUUCUGAAAGUAAGAAAUAAAGGACUGCUGUGACUCCCUUUUCCAGUACAUCUCCUUUCAGGAGUGUGUUUUUACCUUGUUUACUUGGAUUCCCCUCGAUUUCUGAAUGUACUUUUAACAUCUUUUUUCAAGGGAUGAUUUACUUUGUUUCCUAUUGCUCUCCUGUUUUCAGGCAUUUUGAAUUGCUUUGAAAAUAUAUGCAAAUUUAUUUGAAAAUACAAGGUCCUCCCUCCCAGAUCUCAAAAUAAUUUCUGGUAGGGUUGAAGGUGGCGGGAAUCUUUGAAAACACUCAUGAAUAAAGAGAACUGAUACAUUAUGAACUGAGGUGAAUCGGUCACCUGACUUCAAGCUGGUAAAUAACUCCUCACUUCUUUCUUCAGACAGAUUUUUUAGUAAAUAGCAAGUCAAGUUUCUGAAAACUCCCAGGUCUGUGGUCUCUGAUCUUACUUCCCCAGCAGUUUGUCAUAGGAGCACUUCCAGAGCCUAAGAUCCGGGGAGGUGGUAUUGGAUGGGAACAAGAGGACACACACACUGUAAAGAUCCCUUAGAUGCUUCUCUCCUCGACUGCUGAGGGACUGGCAGAGCUCAGUCCUGGACCCUGCAGAGUUCAGGAAGUCUUUCUUUUUUAUUUCAAAUGGAGACCAUAGUCUAUUUGUCUAUCUGUCUUCCUCCUCUCUGAAAGGGAGUCUUUUUUUAUUUUAUUUAUUUAUUUUUUUAACUCCAUGUGGGCCUUAUUUUUGUCUCUAGGCCAGAUCCACGUUUUUAUAGGUGUGUCUCAGCCCAAGAGUUAGGAAAAGGGACUCAUUCCUGGAUCAAUUUAUACUCUAUAAUGAUACUAGAGCUCAAAUGUAUGUUUGGAGAUGGAACUGGCAUAGCCAAACAACCCAAGUUUUCCCUAGAACCCUUGUGAGAGAAAACCUGAGCAGCCCUAUCUGGGCCAGAUGUCAUAGGUGGGAAGAUGAAGCUUACUUAAAAGCAAAAUCCUUGAUUUGCCACCUUCACAGAUAACCCCAGAGAGGCUUCCAAAACCUCUCAGAGAAGAGAGCAAGCCUUUCUAAGGUACCUUCAGAAGCACUCAAGAGCAAAAAAACCCAAACCCUCACAUCUCAGAAGAGAUACAGCCAGUUCUAGACCAUAGUGGGGAAAUUGUUUCUGGGGAAAAGUGGAAAAAAAUGAGGGCCCAAAUAAACCUCAGUAAUUUCCCAGUUUUGUACCUAUGCUUAAUUUAUCCACGUGUCUUCAUAGGUUCCUCCUCUGAGGAUUCCAGGAAUCAAUCAAUCAAUCUAUCUAUCUAUCUAUCUUUUUGUGAGAAUCACCUUUUAAAUUGCUUUAGUACCAGAUUAAGCCCCCAAAGCAUAGUAACUCAGAUCCUAAACACAAAGAAUGUCCUUUGUUUUUUCCCUGGAUGAUAAAUGAAGUUACCACAGAACGCAAAAUUUAAGAUUUCAGGUAUGACCUAUGAGUCCAUGCAAGAAUUUAGGUUUCUGUGUUAAAGCUAAAUGUGCCAACAUGACAUAAAACACGACACUAGUUACAAUAGGCCAUCAUUGAUGCUCGCCUCUUCUGUGAACGAAUUCUACCAGGACACAAAUUAUCUGGAAAUAAUAGGAAUCCACAGAAAAUUUUCUAUUUGAACCUUAUAAAUAUAUUUUAAAGUUGUAAUAAUUGGUAUUUUCCAAUUAUUGUUUUUAAAUACUGAGUUUUGUGAAAUCAAGAUUUAGCUUUGGGACAUUUGAAUUUGUGCAGUAAUAAAACCUAGAUACUUCUGAAAUUUUGGACUUCUGUACUGUGUUUCAACAAGUAAAAUAAGAAUUUAUGCAUUCAUAUAUAUUUUUAAUGUAUUCAUAUAUAUGAAUUUUCAUCCAUGAACAUUCCAAGCAAACCUUAAAGACAAUUUGCACGUAUUCUUUGCUAAUUGUAUGAAAUACAGAGAUACCACGUAUCUCUCAUAAUCUUUUAAGAGCGUGAAAAACUAGUACUGGGAUCAAGCUAAUGCUAGUUGGGGGAAUCCUUUAUUUUAUUUUAUUGUCAUGUUUUGUAUUUUCAUGAUGGUAAAAUUAUUUUGUGUUUGUAUAAUUCUUUUAUUGUUUAAGAUGUUUGUGUAUCCACUAAUUUUUUAAAAUUUUAAUCCCAGUAUAAUUAACGUACAGUAUUUUCUUUGUUUCAGGCAUACAAUAUAGUAAUUCAACAAUUCUGUUCGUUUCUCAGCUCUCAUCACAAGUGUACUCUUAAUCUAAUUGGGGGAAUUCUUUAGACCUGUAAGCCAUGUAUGAUAAUAUGUAACAUUAAGUUAGUGUAGGGAUCUUAAUAUUAUAAGAUUUAUAGUGUCGUGUCUAGGAAAAAGCAAAUUAAAUUUAAAAAGCUUGAAAGAUCAGGAUAAUCCUUAGCAAAUUUUUAAAAAUAAUGACUGAAUAUAUAGAAGUACAUUGAUUUUACUACUACUAGAAAUUAAAUUAUAGGUGAAGAAUUAGCUUAUUCAGCCAGAAAGUAUGCAUGAGAAUUAUGUAUUUAUAAUUACAUAGUCACUAAAAAAUUUAGGCAGGUCACGUAACUGUGAAAUAAGAUUGUUUUGCAGAUUCCAGAGGUAGAGCUGUCCUGAGCAUUAUUUUACAUCAUCUCCAAGUACAGGAGACUCUUCCCUUUCCCAGCUGGCAGCAGACAGCCGCAAAAGAAGGCCGCCUGGUUAGAGCCUUGAGCUUUCACACCUCCGGAACGCCAGCAAACAAAGCAAACUGAAACCUCAUCAGAUGAGGAUGACACUGCCACAGAAUGUGAACAAACUUACUAGAUUUGGUGAACGAAUUUGGUGAACGAAUUUACUAGAGGAUCAUUGCUGGAAUAUAGUCUAAAAGCCAAAGGAAUUAGAAAAUUUACUGAACUUUAUUCAGUAAUUGUGUUGCUCUUAUUAAUACUGCAGUGUUAUUUUAGAAUUUAUGGUUAGGUAACAUAUGUGCUGUCUGUGAGGUCUCUGUGAGGUUUUCUUUGAAUGCUGUAACAGCGUCCUUCGUGCUGCUUGUGCUCCCGAGGGGUGGGUAUUGUUGCGUGUAUUUGUUGGAGUUUGUUUUUAAGUGAAGCAUCGUUUCAUGAUAUGGCCACAUAGUGGAGAUACAGAAGAUACAUUUUCUUUCAAGGUUUUCUUCUAAGAUGGCUUCAGGGAUUGUCCCUGAGAAGGAAAUGGGCCCCACAGAGGGUCCCCUUUCCCCACAGGUCUCCACCCCCACACUCAGAAAGCCGAGCCUUCAUAUCUGUUUCACCGAAGGCCUUCCGCAGUCUCAGGAGCAAUGCGUAAGAGCAUUUUGAUCCUGGUUGAUUCCCAAACGCAGGAACCACAAGGCUUGGCCUCAAGAGAAAGAAAGAGAAAGAAAAAG